AGCCUGGUCACUUGUGUGUACUUAGUAGUUGGCUCCUAUUACUAUUGUUACAGCUAUUGCUAACUGCUAACUCUCCUGCUGCUGCUGCUGCUACUGUUUGUGGGAGUGUGUUGGAUAUCUGCCAGGAUUAUUUUUCGUCUUUUUUAUUUUAAUUUUUGAUCUAUCUCUUUUUUUGAUUUUGAUUUUAUUGUUUGUUUUUAUUUUUGAGCUAUCUACAUACAGUCAUUAUGUCUGACAUCGACAACGACAACACCAUCAACAACGAUACCAUCAACAACGAUAAAGACAACCCUGCUGGUUCUAUAGGCGCUGAAAACACAGAUGCCAACCACUCAUGGGCCGAUCAAGUGAAGAACCCCCCUCAUACUGACAAUACGGACACCGAGGUCACAUGCACUGUUGACCCGGUUGCAUAUUUUAUGGCCGGGCAUGCUAUGACCAUACAGCAUCAUCAGGACACGUGGGAGACCGUGGCAACGAACACCCGAGGGCUUGACAUCAUCGGACCUCCCGACUCCCCUAAAAAAGAACACCCGUGUUUCACAGAAUGUGUUAAAACGGGAGUUCUACGUCUGCUGUCUGCUGCCGUACAAUACUACAAGGAGAAAAAAUGUUACGGAUGUUAUACUGCUCAUCCCAGUCAGAUCCACCAUCCAUGCCUGUGGCCUAUACCAGAAGACUUCUACACUGAGCACUAUGAGGAGUUGAUGUAUACCUUGUGGACCGACGAUUUCAUACCAACAGUGCAAAUGUAUGUGUCACUCUAUGGUAUUGAAACAACAGCUGAUAGGAUCAAUGGAGCUGCAGCCAUGAUAUGCCAUAAUCUGCUUACCGUUGAUAAUGUGCCCUUAGCGCUUGUAAGCUACGAUGACCCCAUGCCAUCUGAGUAUGAGCCCCCAGGGUACAAUUGGGCCCUCAGGCUUGAGAAACUAUGUGAUAGGUGGCUAAAGUCUGUACAUCGGCCACCCUAUAACCGUUGAGUAUGCUAUUGUUUCUUCUUAUGGUAUCAAACAUGUGUUGUUUAUGUGUGGAUGCAAUAAAACAGCUUGUUACAGUUA